GGCGCGGCGCAUGCGCGGGGGGAAGGCGGAAGUGCCGCUGUUGCCAUGACAACGGCGUCCGGCAUGCGGCGCGCCUGAGGCCCAGCGGGCCGGGAGCCGCCGGACCCCCCCCCCGGCCCGGCCCGGCCCGGCCCCCAUGGCACGGAGGGCGCUGCGCUGCGUCCUGCGGCUGGAGAUCCGCGAGAUAACUUGCCCUGGAGUGCAGCUGAAAGACAAAGAGGAGCUCUAUCUCAGUGUCUCUCUGCUUGGGCAGUACAAAAAAACUCGGCGCGUCCCUGCAGCAUUUCCACUUUUCUUUCAAGAAAAACUAGUGUUUGAAAAGACAUUUGCUGAUAUAGUUGAUCCUGCAGACCUUGUGAAGUUACUGGAAUUUGACACAGCAGUACUUGAACUAAUACAGCUGGUUCCUCCAGUAGGAGAAAUUCUAGCUACUUAUGAAGAAAAUACAAGAGAUUUCCUGUUCCCUGACCCUAAGCUUACCCGUCGGCACCAUGGUUUAGAUCGUGAGAUUUUAAUGAAGAGGUCCUCUUCUUUUACAGGAAUUGCACCAAAAUUGAGAUUUUCUACGAGCUCCCUUAUUACAGAAAGUCUGUUAAGCUCAGGAAGGAGUCACAUACAGGAUGAUUUGAAUUGGGUACAUCACUCAACCCCAAAUGGAAAAUUGCAAACAAAGUUGCCAAAGAAAAUCACACUUUCACCUGAGAAAAGCAGGCACAGCAUAGUGACAAAAAACUACGAGCAGCCUACAAUAGCUUCUAAGUCACGUUCUCCAUCUCCAUACACAAAAAGACGAAUGUGUGAGCUAUCAGAAGAAGCCAGGCAACGAUUGGCCCAUUUAAACCUUGGUCCUUAUGAAUUCAGAAGAGAAACUGAUAAACCUCCAUUUGUAGUUAGACGGGUAGAACAACAAAGUCCUGGUAGUGAUCUUCAUGCCUGGUGUACCCUGAGAGAAAGUACAGUGGGAGCCUGGUCCAAGGUAACGCAUGAUCCUUCUCUUCUCGGCAGCUACAAACCCAAGAGAGCCAAAGCAAAAUCUACUCAUGGAAAAGACUGUGACAGCUCGUCUGAUGUUUGUAAUGAGGAUGUGAUCUCGGGUCCACCUAACAGACAGCCCCAUUCUGCUGGUUCAUUAGUGCAUUCAGCACCUUCAGCAUUUCAGAAGCAUUCUCCAAGUUCGGUGCUAAAUCGAUCUUCUCUAAGGGAAAGAUUUAACGCUCAUUGUCCUCCACCAGCAAAUGGAGAUGAGAUCCAUAAAAGAGUGAAAAAUAUCUUAAGAACACACAGUGCUAGACAGCGCCUAGUAUUUAAUGAAAGUAACUCAUCAAAAGGAGACUUGACUAAGACAAGAGACUCUUCUCAUAAAGCGCACUUAUCCAUGAGUGAACUGCAGAGCAGUUCACCAGUGCAGCGGAACACCACUGUUCACUUGGAUAAUGGUGAAUACUGGUCCAGUCGUGCAGCUGUAUACAAAGGGAAGUCUCACAGAGCAAUCUUUGAAGACAGUCUCGAGAAAAUAUACAGAAACAUGUACCGAAAAGCUUCUGGCAUUGUUUCAGACCAAAAACCACACUCCUGAUAGCAAUCUAGCUGGAAAUGCACAGUACACAAUGUUGAUAUUUCUUAUGAAAACAAUUUUUAUGUGACAAAUAUUUGUACUCUAUUUUUAAGGUAUAAUUAUGUCUGGGCAGGCUUUUAGAGAAAUGGGGUUUUGGCAUGGGUUGCCACUUGAAUGCUACUAGCAGAACCACAUUCACCCUACUACCCCCUGUAUCAUUAUCAGGAGCAACACCUCCUCCCUAAUUAAAAAAAAAAAAAGUACAAAGCCCCUCCAAAGCUAAGAUGGUGUUGCUCCUUUGAGACUAUCAGAAAAUAGUCAUUUGAAGACAAAUAGGUCUGCUGGACAUUCCUGCCUGACAUAAGUCAGGUUUCAGCUGCAGUCAAUUAUUAUUUAAAUAAUUAAAUCUGUUCAGUAACAUAAAUAGAAUUGGUUGAAGAAGCAAUAUGUCCUAGUGUUCAGAGAGGGUGUCUGAGGGGGAGGCAAAUGCAAGUGUUGAUAUAAAAGCGUCUGCUCUGGGAAAGAGGGAAUUGGAAUGGUUUUCUAGAAAAUUGGGUUUGGAUUGUUUAUUUUUGAGAAAAGCAGAAAGAAAAGUCUGAUACUGACCUACAGAUAUGCUUUCAAAGUAGUUUCAAGCACCUUUAAUCACAUUUUCAAAUAAUGUCAAAUUUUAAAAGAAACCCACCCAGAUCUUUGUAUCAGAAGAAAAGUUGUCUUCACAUACCCUACGUGUUUGAAAGUUUCCAGGUUUUCUUGAGUGCAGUCAUGACAUUUACCAUUAUACUUGUGAUUUUUAAAAAUACAGAUAGGAAAUGAGUGGGGAGGGGGAAAGACUGGAGCUAGCCAGCAAGCUUGUAUACCCAGUACGGGCUUUCUGAAGUUCCUGCAUCACAAUCCCACCUAAUUUGGAGCCUGUCCUUCCCAGCCUGCUGGGAUCCUGUUGGCAAAAAUCGCAUCCUUUUUGCUAAAGGCCACCAAAUGUUCAUCAGCAGUUCAAUGCUUUCCCCAGGGAUGGAACCUUUUCAGCCUUGCAUUGAACAGAUCCCACAUUAGCAGACCAGGGCAAAUUGCCCAUCUAUUGAAAAGCAGAAUGUUUUAAAAGGGCAAGAGUGUCCAUCUCCUGCUUCCUUUUAGAAUGGGGGGGGAAAAAACAAAUGCCUAUUCUGGCUCCUUCCCUGACUGAGCGAACAGAUUCAGUUACACCAAUGCCAUAUUACCUGUUAGGAUUGGAUAAAGGAUAAAGCUUGCAGUACAGAUGGCAGAACAUCUGACUGUAACCUGCCAGCAUGCAAAGAUAAACAAAAAGUUGGUCUACUCUGCCUUCCAUCCUUUAAUGCUGAGACAACAUAAUUGAUUUGAGAAAGCAGUUGGUGAGCAAUUAUGCUAGUGGGAGAGCACGUUGAAAGGCUGUGUGCUUCUGUUUCAGGAAAGGGGACUCUCAAAGGAAGUGUCUUCCAUAUAGACAUUUCUAUUCCUUGUAGCAGUUAAACCAGUUGAAGUGGAUUAACACUGAUAACUUCCUGUCCCUGAUGCCAUUUAGCACAUUACUGCUUUCAAAGGGCAUUAGCUGCACAGUCUUAUGGAUAAGUGUUGAUGCACGCUAUGAAGUAGUAUACUUUUUUUGCAGAUUUGCAAAAUAAAACUUACCCAAGCCAUGCCACUGAAGGCAUGAUGGCUGUAUUGUGCUACCAGUACCUGGUAUGCAUUCAUUAGUAUGUUCCUACUCUUUAGUAGUCCAUAAAGGAAGAGUUUUUCUUGCUGCAUAUGAAAAUAAAUAUAUCCAAAUCGUUCCUAAAUAGGCACAGAAUAUUCUGAGAGAGAAUUUUCCAACCUUUUAGCUUAAAAUGAAAAUCUGAAAGUUGCUGCAGUUUCUUGUAUGUGUUUGAGCCUUAAAGAUUUGCUGUUCUUCUCAUGAUGACCUAGUUUUCAUUCAAUAUUAUCUGUGUUUGCCCUUGCUGGUGUCACAGCUUAAUGAAAGCUACUAUCUUCUGAAGGAUGGCUCUCCCCUUUGGCCUCAUCUCAUUCUAUGAUAGGGAAGUACUGUUUGUUUUUUCCCUCCCUGGCAAUCCAGCAUUGCAAACUUUAAUCCCAUUAGCUCAACGUGUAGGAGGCUGAAUGCUGAGGCUUUGGGAUUUUGUGUGUGAAUGAGUAAGGACACAAGUUGCCAUGAAUUCAAGACGUGAUGAGGGAGGUUGGAGGCCAAAGUAGAAAACCAAGGUAAGAUUUCUGAGGGGUCCAGAAGCAGGGGGAUGUAUUGUUUAAUUCCCCUAGAAUUAAUGCUAAAGAAGCAAAGCAUACAGUAAUAUGGCAACCUUUCUUCUUCAUCAAAGGCUAAAACUGGAUAGAAGAAAAAGAAGAAAGUGUCAUAUAUUGAAUUCUGACCAGCAUGAAUAUUGUCACUGAAGCCUUUGAAGGCAGUGUAGCAACAAAUGAAGCAGAUAGAUUAUGAGUGUUGGCCCUGCUCCAGCUGCAGAGGGAGAUGGUGUGUACGUCUUUCUGAGUCAGCUGCUGCAGGAUAUGUGUUUCCCUCUUGGGUCAGAGUCAUUCCACAGCUUAUAUGCUGUGAUAUGGCACAGUGCUUUUCCAAGCAAUGUGCUGGAAAUCCCGUUAGUUAAUGGAAAUUUUUUCUAUGAAAUGUGACUUAAGUCCUGAAGUACACUAUCUGUCCAUAAAAUCUUCAGGCCACUUGGUUGUUUAAAGCUUUUGGCCCCUUCCCUGUUUCCUUAGCUACCUCUUCUAUUAAUACGCAUAUAGCUCAAGUGCACUGAGCACUGCUGCUCCUUUGCUACUGCAGCGUGUGAUAAGUAUAGGUUCAGGCAGCAAAGCAGUGUAGUAAUAAGCUGUAAUUGUUUAGUGCACCUUGCCUUCUAAUACAAUUUAAAUCACUUCUAUCAAAUGCACAUUUCUAGGUUCCUGAGUGGUGUCUUAAAUAGUGUUUUUUUAUGCUCAUUCCCACUUUUUUCCUUCCCCAAAAUGGUCUGUUAGUGACAGUGGGAUGGUGUAACUCCACACCCAUCAUUUUACCUUCUGAAGGAAAGCUACCCACUUGAGUCUAGUAAUAAUGGGCUAGAUUAAGAGAGAAUUAGUGCACUUUCUAUCAAGUCUCUCUCUUUCUCUUGUCCUCCCCAAGCUAUUACAACCCAUGAGUAUUUUCACCAAAUGUUUUGCAGAAUCCAGUGUUGCUUGAAGUAUGCAAUCUAAUCAGUGUAAUAUUUUAAUGAAUCGUUUUAAUAAAUCAGAGUUUGCUUCCAACUUGCUCCCUCUCCUCUCUCCUAUAGAUAACUUUACAUAGCUUAGGACCUUGGGAUGGCUCAGUAGGCAGGUAGUUUGUCUACUCAUUCAGUAGGAUGCCAAAUCCUUUGCUGAGUAGUAGUUGCUUUGGAAAUCACUCAGUCAUUGACCUGUUGCGGAUUAAAGGCACAAAUGUCAAACUCUUUAAUGAUUUGCCUUAUCAAAGUUUUCAACAAGAAGAAAGGAAGCUUAAAUUGGUCCGCUGGGGACAAGAGGCAUAGGGAUGGAUAGAGUAAGGAACAGCUUUGUGAGAUGGAUGGGCAAGAGUGUUCAUACCCCAGAUCUGAGAGGCUUAGAUGAUGAGUGCUGUUCUUUAGACUGUGCAUCACGUCUGAAUUUUACUAUUGCUUAGGGGGUUGCCAAAAUGGUGAGUGUAGAAAGAAAUUACCUAUAGAGGUUGGGAACCUGUUUUGGGGGUAAAAUAACAGAACUUCUACCUCUGCUCAGUGUUGAAUUAAUAGUCUGUGCUAAAAUCCUUCUCAUUGUUACCUCAGCUGUAAAAUGGGGAGUUUGUGCUCCACUGAAGCUUAAUUAAAUGACUGUAAAGUGCUUUGGGAUCCUGAAGUGAAUGUUACAGAAAUUAUUUUGUGGAAGCCUGGCUGAAAAGUCCCAUCUCAUCUCCAGGUUACUAAAAAGACCUUAUUUUAAUUUUCCCAGUUUUAUUAUUUUUUAAUUAGACAAUUAUUAAGCAAGUCUUAAUCUUAUCAAGAUAGAAACCUGAUAAAUUUAAGAAACUAUUGAAAAAGACAACGAACUGUUUUACUACAUGUGCUUUCAGGAGUUUGUCUUUACCAUGGAUAUCCUAAUCAGCUUACGUCUCUUGAAUGAUCUGGGUUCAUUAAACUCAUACUAAUUGAUCUUUGUUUGUUUGUAAUCUUAAUGCUUUAGCACUUUCUUCUAAGAAGGCUAACCAGCACUAUUAACAUCUGUCAUGUUUUGUUCUCAUCCUCUUCCUAGGAAGUAAGGGGUACAAAGGUGUGUGCAACUUGACAGUGGAAGUGUUUCUGUGGUGUGUUGUAGGUUUGUCAGAGAAAGUAAGUUGGGAGGAGUCUCUGCCUUUUCAGUCUGUUUGCAAGGUAUUGUAUUAUAUAGUUCUGAUCUUCCUGAUUUUUAGAAUUGAAAUUGUUUUCUGGAACACUGAACUAUGCAAGAAUCUUGUAAAUCUUGUAAUAUGUAAAGUCUUAGUUAUAGGAAAGCCAACCAUGAUGUUAAUUACUUCACUGUUACAGAGUGAUCAUUAGCAGGAUGCUGACAUCUCAAGAGAUUUAAGAGGCAAUAAAUUUGGGGAAACUUUUAAAUCAGUGAAAAUUAGCUUCUUCACUGCUUAAUUGUAGUGAAAAUGAUUGAAUCUAAGAGAGAACAGCAUUUCUGUGGAUGAUCUUAAUGAGCUACCUCAGUAACAAAACUUAUAUCUGGUGUAGGUGAGGGUCUCUGGUAGCAGCAGAGAACCAGUCUUCACCCAGUUCCUUUGAGUUUCAAUGAAUAAACUAGUGUUAUGGGAAGUGAUGAAGAGCAUCUAAUAUCCUCGUUUCGGUCAUAUAGUGAAAAAUUAAACACAAACCCCAAUGCUUUUGUUAGUUUCUACUGCUUCGUCCAUGGAAUUCAAAACAUUGUCAACCAAACCCCUUAGAAGUUGAGGCUGUAGCUCUGUUAGCAGUGUUGGCUUGCCAAAGACAUUCAGUUUAUUCCUUGUUUGUCUUCAGUGAGAAACUCUGAAGUGCAGUGAUAAUUUGUCUGAAUGACAUGGAGGAACAGUAAUCCUUCUCCUUGCUUUAUCAGCGUGGAGAUUCUUUUCAUAUUUCUGUUCAGUUCUGGGUGAUUGUUUCUGACAGAGAACUCUGCAUGAGAUGCAGAGAUCUGAGCCAUCGUCUCACCUCUACCUCUUCAGGGGAGGGAGCCUGCUGUUGCCAAGCAAGGUCUCUUUUGUUUCACAAGGAUUUACAGAACCUGAGGAUACAGCACAAAAACUUUGUUCUGCUAUCAAACACUGAUGCCACUGAAUGGACAGGACCAUACGGGAUGGGGGUAGGAGGUUGAAAGUCGGGGUGGAUCUGGGGAGAUGUUUGGUGAAUGGCUUUCCAUGGGUUAUGGAUAAUUCAUGGUAAACAAAUCAGCGUACCCCACAACCUGUGGAACUUAUAAAUAUGCGUUGAAGUAACCAAAGCACCACUUAUGUUGCUGAAUGGUGGUAAAUUCUAAUGCUUAUAUUUGUAUUGUUACACUGACUUCAAUUUUGGGAUGUUGAGAUAAUUGUGUUGCUACUAAGGCUAUAUGCAUGAACUGCUUCAUUCAGUACUCCAGUAGUAAACAUUUGCUAAGAGGUUGCUUUCCCUGCUUGCCUUGUUUUCACCACAGUCAUCUAGUGUUUACAUACAUUUUAGCCUCUGUGCCAUUUUUGAAGGCUUUAUUUGUCUCAUUUACGUUUUUGGUUUGGAUAAUACUUAAAUAUGAAAUCCAUCUGUGAAACAUAUUGUAUAUUCACGUUGAGGGGUAAAACCAGUUUUUAAUUAAAAUUUUAUACAGCGCUUGUA